AUCUAAACAUGGCUGAGUCUCUGAUCUGUACUAACACACAGAGCAGGGUUAGCUCGGUUUUAAACAGAGAUGUGAAACAGUUUGGUAAGAAGUUCAUGUUUGAUUGCAGUGAGGAGACCUGCUGGAACUCUGAUCAGGGAGAGUCACAGUGGGUGUUCCUGGAGUUUCCUGCACCUGUGAGGGUGUCUGAGCUCAAACUGCAGUUUCAAGGAGGAUUCGCAGGAAAAUCUUGCAGAUUAACAGGCUGUAGUAAAGACGGGAAUCUUGAACAUAUAUCGGACUUCUAUCCAGAAGAUAACAAUGCUAUGCAGAGCUUUCCCAUUCAGAACGGCCCUCCAGUGCAGAAGCUUAAAAUAAUAUUUGAAAACAGUACAGACUUUUUUGGAAGAAUAAUAGUUUACUGUUUGGACGUCCUGGGAGAACGAGUUUUGUGA